AUGGGCGAAGCUUCUUAUUCUGCGCCACAAGAAGCGCAAGAGAAACAUGAUGCGGAGGUCGUAAUCCAAAGAAAUCCUCACGACUGGGAUCAUUCCAGAAAUUGGACGUAUACGAAAACAGUCGAUACCGAAUGGAAGUAUGGCAGCGGGUCCAACGACAAGUCCAAUGACGAUAAGAAGCACGUUGAGAUAGACCCUAAUGGCCCAGGACGAGAGGCUCGUCUAAACUACAAGCUGUUGAUAUCAGCUAUCAUACCGCGACCAAUCGGUUUCCUAUCGACGCGCAGCAAGGAUGGCUCAAGCACCAACCUUGCGCCAUUCAGCUAUACGCAGAUGUUCAACCACGAUCCUCCUAUCUUUGGGGUCGGAUUCAGUGGCGGAUGGGACAAUGCAAAGGAUUCGUUGAAGAAUUUGACUGAAAGUGGAGAGUGCGUGAUCAACGUUAUCUCCGAGCACUAUAUCGAGGCUGCGAACUCGUGUGCAAUCGACUUACCAUACGGGGUGUCGGAAUGGUCGGCGAGUGGCUUGACACCUGCAUCAUGCACAAUAGUCAAGGCCAGCCGUAUCAAAGAGGCGAUCUUCAGUGUUGAAGGGAAGUUGAUGUCAACCCAGGAAUUCGAAUCUCGUGUGCAACCAGGGAAGAAGACUGGCGUUCUGGCCCUGAUAGAAGGUGUACGUUUCUGGGCUCGAGAGGACGCCAUAAAUGAGGACCAUAGUCUGAUAGAUCCCGCUGUUUUGAGACCAAUUGCACGACUAGGUGGCAUUACGUAUGCACGAGUGAAUGACGGUUUCGAGCUUCCUCGACCCAUGAUGAAAGAAGAGAUCAAGCAAGGGAAGCUGGAGGAGAGCAUGUUGAAACCGAAGGUGCCAGGACAAUGA